CUCUCUGACUCCUGUCCCCAGGGGUGACCAUCAGCCGGGUCCUGCACGCCUUGGAAGUGUUGGGUCGGCAUUGUUUUGACAGGUCAGACUCCAGCAAUUCCAUGGAGACACUUUAUCAUAAGAUCUUCUGGACAAAUCAGAGUAAGGAUAACCAAGAGGUUGCCCCAAACGAUGAGGCCGUGGUGAUGCUGCUCUGUGAGUGGGCUGUGAGCUGUAAGAGGUCUGGGAAGCACAGGGCCAUGGCUGUGGCCAAGCUUCUGGAGAAGAGGCGAGCAGAGAUUGAGGCAGAAAGAUGUGGUGAAUCUGAAGUCCUAGAUGAAAAGGAAUCUCUGUCUUCAGCCUCCUUGACAGGUUCCAGUCUUCCAGUUUUCCAGAAUGUCCUGCUAAGGUUUUUGGAUACACAAGCUCCCUCGUUAUCUGACCCAAGCAGUGACCAUGAGAAGACAGAGUUUGUGAAUUUGGUGCUGCUUUUCUCGGAAUUCACUCGGCAUGAUGUUUUCUCCCACGAUGCCUACAUGUGCACUUUAAUAUCUCGUGGGGACCUGUCCAUCACUGCAGCUCCCAGACAACGCUCCCCUAAUGGGGAAGCUGUAGAUGAACAUUAUUCAAAGGAUCAUGAUGUGAAACUGGAGGAUCAUGGUAUUGUGGAACAUAUGGGCAUUGACUCAGGAACCACUGGUAUUUUUGAUGAUGUAGAAAAGAGUGACUUUAAGGCAGAUUUCGGUUCAGAAUUUCCAAUCUCUUCUCACAUGCCUGGGGAGUCUUGUCAGUGUGUGACCCCUUCCUUGGAGAGAAGGAUCUCAGUCCCGAGCGAGAAGUCAGCCAAGAGGGAGAGGCUGAGAGAGCUGAUUGUGCCAGCCAACUAUCACCUCCUUCGGCACCUGCAGUACACCACACACUUCCCCAUCCCCUGGUGA